AGUUUGCUUUUGACAGACUCAACAUCUGUCCGCCAGCCAUGGAAGGAACGGUACAGAUGGAAGAGCUGACCUCCGGCGCCAGCGGCCGUAUCAUCCCGGUCUUCAAGAACGUUCGCCGAUCGGUGUUUUCUUCAGCCUCAAUCCGCCGUGCACUAAUUUUCUUCCAAUCAAUCUUCCUGUGGUUCAUUUUCCAUCUACGUCGUUGUCAACAGCACCAUCGCCAUCCUUCACCUCCGUCAUCCCCUUCCUCGAAACGGAAGUUUUCUUUCAGGAGGAGAGAAAUCGAGGAGGAUGUGCUCAGGCGAAGAGCUCUCGCCGAGGAAAUUCAGAUGGUUAAGCCGUCGAUCGAUGAUGACUGGACUAGCCAGUGCCACGCCACCACGUCUCUGUUCUUCGGAACCGGACGUAACGCCUUGUUUUGCCGGUCGUGGCUACCGGUUUCCGGGGAGAUUAGGGGUAUUUUGAUCAUCAUACAUGGACUAAACGAACAUAGUGGGAGAUAUGCUGAUUUUGCUAAGCAACUCAAUUCCUCUAACUUUGGGGUAUAUGCAAUGGACUGGAUAGGUCAUGGAGGUAGUGAUGGAUUACAUGGAUAUGUUCCUUCACUUGAUCAUGUUGUAGCAGAUACUGGGUCUUUCUUGGAGAAGAUAAAGGGAGAUCACCCGGGGACACCUUGCUUUCUUUAUGGGCAUUCAACAGGUGGAGCUGUGGUUUUAAAGGCUGCUAGCUAUCCUUACAUUGAAGAAAUGGUGGAGGGAAUUAUAAUAACUUCACCAGCAUUGCGUGUUACUCCUGCACAUCCCAUAGUAGGGGCAGUAGCACCAUUAUUUUCACUUUUAGCUCCAAAAUACCAGUUCAAAGGCGCGAACAAAAGAGGGAUCCCAGUUUCAAGAGAUCCCGCGGCUCUGAUAGCCAAAUACACGGACCCUCUGGUCUACACAGGCCCAAUGAGGGUCCGUACUGGGCAUGAAAUUCUUCGAAUUUCAGCUCACUUAACGCGAAACUUUAAGUCAGUAACCGUACCUUUUUUUGUCCUACAUGGAACCGCUGACAAAGUCACGGACCCACUUGCUUCACAGGACUUGUACCAUGAGGCACCCUCAAAGUACAAGCAUUUAAAGCUGUACGAUGGGUUCUUGCAUGAUUUGUUGUUUGAGCCUGAAAGGGAGGAUAUUGGACGAGAUAUUAUUGAUUGGAUGGAGAGGAAGCUAAUGAGUAGCUCCUAUUAACCAUUCUUUGAAGGUGAACUUAAUAUUAGGUUAUGUGGUUUGGGAGAAUAUAUGUGUAUGUAUGUAUGUGUAUGGAUUUGGGAUUUUUAUGCUUAAUGUUAAAUCGUAUCUCUAGAUUAUGGAAA